UUUACACUCCUCAACCAUGGCAGAAGUUGCUCCAGCUCCAGCUCCUGUGGCCGCACCGGCGAAAGCCCCGAAAAAGAAGGCACCGAGGCCGAAGAAGACUGGCCCAAGUGUGGGAGAACUGGUUGUAAAGGCGAUCGCAGCUUCCAAGGAGAAGAAGGGUGUCUCUUUGGCUGCCUUGAAGAAAGCUUUGGCGGCGGGCGGAUACGACGUAGAGAAGAACAAGGCUCGCGUCAAACUCGCCAUCAAGAGUUUGGUUACCAAGGGCACCCUGGUGCAAACGAAAGGAACUGGGGCGUCUGGCUCUUUCAAGCUGAACAAAAAGAAGGCAGAGGCAAAGAAGAAGAAGCCCGCAAAGAAAGCUGCUGCUAAAAAGCCAGCUGCCAAGAAACCCUCAGCUGCCAAGAAGCCCAAGAAGGCAGCAGCAAAGAAGCCAGCAGCCGCGAAGAAGCCAGCAGCCGCGAAGAAGUCUCCCAAGAAGGCGAAGAAGCCCGCGGCAGCCAAACCGAAGAAGGCUACCAAGAGUCCCAAGAAGGCGAAGAAGCCCGCCGCCCCAAAGGCGGCCAAGAGCCCCAAGAAGGCAAAAGUAGCUAAACCCAAAGCUGCAAAGCCUAAAGCCGCUAAACCCAAAAAGGCCGCGCCCAAAAAGAAGUAAACAAUGGCGUCGCUCUAUUCCCCUAAAGGCUCUUCUAAGAGCCACCCAACCCUUCUGUAAGAGUUUUAUUCCAAGUGUCACAAAUAAACUACCAAAUUGCGCAUCAAGUAGCCUACGCAUACUGAAGCAGUAUAGGAAUAUUAAACUGCAUGCUUUGACCUUCCCAUUCAAUGGAUUACAGCGAGCGUCGGUUUUGGUGGUCAAAGACAAUAGCAUGACCUGCAUUCCAAUGUAACUUGUGAGUGGCUCAUUGCAUUGCGCUCUAUGCGAAAAGAAUUGACCCAUAUUUUAAAGUACAACGACAGCC